AUGCGAUUAUCUACACAUGUUUGUCACGAUGGUUGCAGUCUUCGAGAAACCACCACAAAAGGCGAUCAAAUAUUCAAGGGUUGCUGGGCGAUAAAAAAUGACGUAUGUGUUCAAUGUCCGAAUAAAUGUAGUUAUACUGAGCAUUACCACGCCCGAAAAACCGUUAAAGUUACCCAGAAAAAAAUGCAAGAGGUAUUGUAUGAAAUCAUGGCUAAGUACGAUGCAGCAUCAAAAAAUAAGGAUGAUGCCCAGACAAAAAUUAAUACUACAGCCGAUGCUAAAAGGUUUUUGGAAAAAGCACUAAAACAAAAAAGCGACGAAAUCAAACAAAAUUGUACUGAGCUGCAGAAAAUAUGUACCGGGUUUAAUAUUGUCGAUGAACUGUAUGCGUUGAUCAAUAUUCUACAAAUGGAAUCAUCAACCUUGAGAAAUAUCGAUACGAAACAGCAGGCAGAAGACUUCAAACGUUCAUUACGAGACUUUUGUAAUCAGUUGGAAAAAGACUGCAUGUCAACCAAACGUGUACCACGACCGAUGAAUUUAUUAGACACAUAUGCAUCUGUGCCAAUUACAACUGUGCAGCAGACAGUAGCCAGACACAAUCCCACUCAAACUCAGUAUAUACCUAAUACAUUCAGCGUGAAUACAAAUAAUUCGAAUAGUACCGAUAGUGUUCUUCGUAAAGUGUUGAAUAUGCAAAAGAGGGGCAAAACAUCAAAAUCGAGCGAUGAAAGUGAUAAAAGUGAAAAUUGUGAUUGCCAAAAGUGA